AUGAAUCCGUGGCGCCAUCUGACCGUGGAUCAUCCACGGUCCAGAGUGAAACCCUGCAAUCUUGCUCCUGUCAGAAAAGUGACAGAUAUCUUUGUCCGAGGGCAACAGGACUACCGAAAACUCCUUGCUGUGACAACAACUUUGCCUCCAUCUUUGGGACACGGGGGUCCAUGUGUGCUGCGAGCUGUCG